AUGAACCUCUCCGCAUUCCGACCGGUCUUCCGACCCUACAAGCCCACCCAACUCACGCAAUCCACAAACAUCUGGCAGAGAACCGCACAAAGGACAUGUCCGCAGCAGCAGCAGAAGUCGCAACGAGCAGCUUUCUCAUCGACACCAAAUAUGCAGAAGAGGAGUAAAAAGGGGCCGGGGAAUGAUCCUAGGAUAA